AUGCAGGAAGGCCCCCCUCCGCCAAACGAAAAUGCCGGGCCCACCAUUUUGGGAGUCACCGUUGGCAUGACUGUGCUUGCCAGCGUGAUCUCUUUUGCGCUUCGUCUCUACGUCCGUAUUCGCAUGAUUCGGAAGAUCGGAUGGGAUGACUACAUGAUGUGUAUAGCUGCGUUGCUGAGCAUCAUCGGGAUGAUCAUCGUGAUCUUUGAAGUGCAGAACGGAGGGGGAAGACACCGGCAGUACGUCGAACCAAAUGUCUUCAGCACAGGGAUGUACCUCAACUUCCUCACGCAGCCAAUCUACCUGUUCAUCGCCUUGUUCGUCAAAGAGUCGGUCGGCUUCUUCCUGCUGCGCAUCACCGGAGGCGUGAAGUACAGGAUCCUGAUCAUAUCCAUCAUGGUCGUCCUGGCCGUCUACACCGUCGCCUGCUUCUUUACCAUCGUCCUGCAAUGCAGAGACCUGCGCAUCAUCUGGAACCCGACCGUCGAGACGACUUGUUGGAGCAUCCACGUCAUGCACGGCCUGGGCUACACCAACAGCGUCGUUAAUAUCGUCACCGACUUUGCCUUUGCCGUCCUCAUCCCGAUCCCCCUCAUCAUCCCCCUCCAAAUGUCCAUCCGCAAGAAGCUCUCCCUCCUGCUCAUCCUCGGCAUGGGCGUGGCGGCCAGCACCGCGGGCAUCAUGCGCGCCGUGCACAUGGGCGCGUACGGCACGCGCGGCGACUUCCUGUGGGACAGCAGCGCUAUUACCAUCUGGUACGUCGUCGAGACGCAGGUCGGCGUCGUCGCCGGCAACCUGCCGUGCGCCAAGCCGCUGCUCGUGGCGGCGCGGUGCUGGAAGGGUUCGAGUAGUAAUACGAGUGGUGGUGCUGGUCGGAGUGGUGGCGGUUUCUUCACAAAGUAUUACUGCGGGUCGUCAGAGGAGGAGGAUCGCAGGGGCAGCAGUUGGUCGGGGAGGAGGCGGAGUGAGUUGGCGUUGGUGUUUCCGGCGUUGGCGAAGUCGCCGGUGGUGCAGAAGAGGGGAAGUAGUGGGGAGGCGGGUUUGGUGCGGUUUGGAGGGAAUGGUGUGGAGGCCGAUACGGUUGCGGUCGUGGAGGGUGGUGGUGGCGGUGGCGGCGGUGAGUUGUUGACGGCGCUAGGAAGGGUGAGCGAUGAUGGUAGCAUCGCAAGGCUGAACAGGGAGAUCGGAGGUCGUGGAAGGAGUAUAUCUGGUCCGGCAGGUGAAGGAGGGGGAAUCGUGAGGACCACGAAGGCCAGCGUUGAGUACGAUGUUCGCACUUCCAUUGUUUAG